AGAAGCGCCGGGAAAGAUGGCGGCGGCUGCGGUUUGAAUUCCAGCGGCGCCGCCGGAGUCCGAACAAGAGCUGGGUCGGAGGGGGCGGGGACCUGGGGAGCCUGGCGGGUCGCGACAGCGGGGGGGUGACCAGUGGCGCCGCCACCAUAGACACCAACGCCACCACCUCCUCCGUGUCCAGGAUGGACUCGGUGUUGGAAGAGGACGUCACCCUCCCCGGGACGCUCAGCGGCUGCAGUGGCCUUGUUCCCAAUUUACCAGAUGACCUGGAAGGCGUCAACUCCGUCGCUGGUUUGGGAAAUGGUGUGCUCCCGAGUGUGACGGAAGAAACAGUGUCUCCCACCAGAGCACGGAACAUGAAGGACUUUGAAAAUCAAAUCACUGAAUUGAAGAAAGAAAACUUUAACCUAAAGCUCCGCAUCUAUUUCCUCGAGGAAAGAAUGCAACAGGAAUUUAAUGGCCCCACCGAACAUAUCUAUAAAACUAACAUCGAGCUCAAGGUGGAAGUAGAAAGUCUGAAGCGGGAGCUCCAGGAGAGAGAGCAGCUGCUCAUCAAAGCCUCCAAAGCAGUUGAGAGCUUAGCUGAAGGGGGCGGCUCUGAAAUCCAGCGGGUGAAGGAAGAUGCUCGGAAGAAGGUACAGCAGGUCGAAGAUCUCCUGACCAAAAGGAUCUUCGUUUUAGAAGAGGAUGUGAAAGCUGCCCAAGCGGAACUGGAAAAGGCCUUUGCAGGGACAGAAGCGGAGAAGGCCCUUCGGCUGAGCUUGGAAAACAAGCUUUCCGAGAUGAAGAAGAUGCGCGAGGGGGACCUGGAAACAGCUCUGGUCCUGGAAGAGAAGGACAGACUGAUUGAGGAGUUGAAGCUGUCUUUGAAGAGCAAAGAAGCUUUAAUUCAGUGCCUUGAAGAGGAGAAAUCUCAGAUGGCAUCUUCUGAUAAGAACGUGUCAUCUGGAGAGCUCCAAGGACUUUCUGCUGCUCUAAGGGGAGAAAAGGAGAGCGAAACUGAGGCUGCACAAAUGGAGCGCCAGAAGGAGAGGAAUCACUUUGAAGAGAGGAUCCAGGCACUUCAGGAGGACCUGAGAGAGAAGGAAAGAGAAAUUGCUACAGAAAAGAAAAAUAGUUUAAAGAGGGAUAAGGCCAUUCAGGGUCUAACCAUGGCAUUAAAGUCAAAGGAAAAAGAGGUUGAAGAACUUAACUCUGAAAUCGAAGAGCUCACUGCUGCCUUCGCGAAAGCCAGAGAGGCCCCCCAGAAGGCGCAGACCCAGAUCUUCCAGGGGUCUGAAGAUCAGGAGGCUGCUCUGUUAGAAAAGGCAGCCCUUUUGGCUGAGCUGCAGGCAGAAAACCUCACCAAGAGUACGGAGAACCACAGACUGCGCAGGAACGUUAAGAAGGUCACCCAGGAGCUGAGUGACCUGCAGCAGGAGAAGGAGAGACUAGAGAAGGACCUGGAGGCAGCCCAUCGGGAGAAGAGCAAAGGAGACGCCACCAUCCAUGACCUUAGAAAUGAGGUGGAGAAAUUACGCAACGAAGUGAAUGAGAGGGAGAAAGCACUGGAGAAUCAUGACGAGAGUCUUCUGAGUGCAAGUAGUCACAACUUGCCCCGUCGGGACCCGGCGAUGAGGCGGGCUGCAGAAAGUGCCGGCCGCACGGACUUGUUUCAGAAAUUCAAUGAGAAAGACUUGGAAGCGACACAGCAGAAGGGUUACUUAAUGACUGCGGAGGAUCUUGAGUUCAUGAGUGAAGAAUUGGUAACGGAAAAGUGCUCUUCUCGGCAGUCACCAGGCAGCAAAAUCAUCUUCUCUGAGGAAAAGCAACAAUUAGAGUAUGAAGAGCUGAUUCAGGUCUUAAAGAAAGAGCAGGACAUCUAUACCCAUCUGGUAAAAUCUCUGCAGGAGUCAGACAGUAUCAACAACCUGCAGGCUGAGUUAAACAAAAUUUUUGCUCUGCGGAAGCAACUGGAGCGGGAUGUGCUCUCAUAUCGGAAUUUACAAAAGACCCUGGAGGAGCAGAUCAGCGAAAUUCGGAGGCGGGAAGAAGAAGAACCGUUUUCAUUUUAUAGUGAUCAAACGUCUUAUCUGAGUAUUUGCCUCGAAGAGCCCUAUCGGUUUCAAGUGGAGCAGUUUUCUCAAGAAGAACUUAAGAAAAAGGUCAGUGACCUUUUGCAGCUCGUGAAGGAACUGUAUGCAGACAACCAGCACCUGAAGAAAACCAUUGUUGAUCUCUCCUCCAUGGGUCUCCAGGGAGGCGACAGACUUGAGUCAAGAGAACAAACAGAGCUUCUGGGUAGCAAGGAGGACGAGGACAUGACCAGAACUGGAGAGGAUGAUGGGAAUAAUUUCCUGAGCAACCAGCAUUUGGAGCAGAGUAACAAGAUUAUGGAGGACCAUUCCAAAGGGGGCUGCAAAAAUGGAUAUUUAAGGCACAUGGAUUCCAAUAUUUUAGACUACGAUGGCACCCACAAACCUAGCUGCCCUGGAGAGCAGAGUCUAGAAGAAGGCGAGCUCAUGAACCUGCUCGCCCCUUUCUUCAACGAGAAGGCCACGUUGUUACUGGAAUCCAGGCCAGACCUUCAGAAAAUGCUACGUGAACUCCUUCUGGAACGCGUAAGCCUGACAGCGCAGGAAGUUUCUGGAGAACACCUUGAUGGUAAAACUGAGAAGACACUUAAGCAAAUGGCUGUUCAGCUAAGAGGUGAACUCAAACAUUUCAUCCAAGCCAACUCAUUUUCCCAGCCACAUGAUGAACUGAAGUCGCCUUGGGGAGCCCAGCUGGGAAAGGCGGGUGUAGCGCCCAAGGUGGAGCUCAGAGAUGCCUCAAUGCAGACCGCGGCCAUGGAGGGCGACGUGCUCAGAUUCAAACACGAAGGCAAGAGAGAGGCUUGGGAAGAGAAGCCCACAGAUGCCUUAUUCAGUGCUGAGCAUCAGCCAGAGCACUUGUGCAGGAUGCCAGGGCGGCAGGCCACUCGCCUUUCCUUCCCCAGUGGGACCCACAAAGAUGCUCAGAAGUCUCGCCUGCCCGUCCUGCUCAGACCAUCCCGGUCACUAGGAAGUUUAUAUAGGCUCCCUGCCACCCAGGCGGGGGUAGCCCAGCUGCAAGGCCAGAUCUUGGAGCUGCAGGGGGAGCUGAAGGAGUUUAAAAUUCGCAAUAAGCAACUUCACAAAAAGUUAAUUCUGGCUGAAGCGAUGAUGGAGGGGAGGCCAACGCCAGACAAAACGCCAGUGAAAGACUCUGAAAUUUACCAGCCCGAUGACCUUGCCAUCUCACCAGCAUGCAAAGAGAAUCCUCCUAAGAAUUUUCCACAUCCAACUUCAGGAGCUACUCACUUGAGCUCUGAGUGUCAGCUUUCCACUCAAGGCAGUGUGAUUGGGACCGAUCAGUCUGAGAACGUCGACACCUCAAAUGAUACAGAAAACUUAAAACAGAAAAUCUGUGACUUGGAAGCCGAGCUCGAGGGCUGCCGGAAUUUCAUAUUUCAGCUUCAAAAACACUCCCAGUGCAGUGAGGCCAUUAUCACAGUUUUGUGUGGGACCGAAGGGGCCCAGGAUGGCUUGAACAAGCUCAAGGGCAGUACUGACGAAGAAGAAAUGACCUUUCCAAGGUUGCACCAAGUACGUUAUGUGAAACACUUGCAGGUCCUCCAUUCGCUGGCCCCAGAGAGGGUCGACAGCAGUGUGCUGCAGAACCUCAGGCGGCAGCUGGUGGAACAGGACUAUGAGCUGCAGAAGGAGCAGAAUCUGAACAUGGAGCUUUUCAGUGAAACCCAUCACCUGCGGAAUAAGUUCAGAGAUCUCUCACCCUCAAGAUAUGAUUCGUUAGUUCAGUCCCAAGCCAGGGAGCUGUCCUUUCAACGACAGCAGAUUAAGGAUAGCCAUGGCAUCUGUGUCAUUUAUCGUCAACAUAUGAACACCAUGAUUAAGGCAUUCGAGGAGCUGCUGCAGGCCAGCGACGUGGACUACUACGUGGCUGCGGGUUUCCAGGAGCAGCUGAAUCAAUGUGCUCAGUUCCUCGAGAAGUUGGAAAAACUGUUUCUUAACGGAAAAUCAGUUGGAGUGGAAAGGAGCACCCAGAAUGAACUGAUGGAGAGGCUUGAGGAAGACGGCCUACCCUACCAGCAUGUUCUGCCUGAAUCUCCUGAGCCUUCAGCCUCUCACGCAUUGUCCGAUUGUGAAAUAUCCGAAAAGUCCUCUUUCUCACGAGACCAGAAGCCAGACAGCGAGACUGAGAAGGCGUCAGUUAUGGCGAACACUUUUUCUCAAGACUUACUGAUGGAACAUAUACAAGAAAUUCGAAGUUUGAGAAAACGUUUAGAAGAAUCUAUUAAAACCAAUGAGCAGCUACGGAGACAGCUGGAACGGCAAGGGGCUGAAUUUGAUAAAGGUUCUUCAAACAGUUUUGCUUUUGGUUCAGAGCUGCAUAAUUCUCUCACAUCAGAAAUUCGUUUCCUGAGGAAGCAGAACCAGGCCCUCCAUACAAUGCUCGCUAGAGGAUCCAGAGAUAAACAGAAGGAGAAUGAGAAAUUACGAGAGUCCCUCUCCCGGAAGACUGUGGACCUGGAGCACCUUCAGCGAGAGUUGGCCUGCGUGAGGGGAGAGAAUGAGAGGCUGCGGAAGGAGGUCUGCGUCAGCCGCAGCGAACUGAGCAGGGCGCAGGAGGUGGUGCAGUUGAGGCAGCAGCUGCUCGCUCAGAACGACAAGCUACUCCAGUCCCUGCGAGUGGAGCUGAGGGUGUAUGAGAAGCUGGAUGAGGAGCACAGGAGGCCGAGAGAGGCCAGAGCAGAGGCGUCGGGAGAAGGCUCGAGGGAGCAGGAACCUUUUCGCGAGCUGCAGGGCCUGCUAACAGAGAUCCGGGCUCUGCGGGCCCAACUAGAAAGGAGCAUUGAAACCAGCAGCAUGCUGCAGAGCAAGCUCGAGGGGCAGCUGGCGAAGGGGCAGAAGAAGGCUGAGGAAGUGGCCCUCACUUUGGCUCUGCAAACCCUGGCCAUCCCUGAGCGGCCUCUUCAGCCAGACAGACAUGAUGGUGACAGAUGUCCCAUGUCAAUUGAUAAUUCAUGCGAGCUGUUUGAUUCCACCCUGGCAAUGCCACCAAGAUCAGCUUCAGGGACUCCUCCACUCUCUGGAAAUGACACGGACUCCCUCUCCUGCGACAGUGGCAGCUCAGUCAUCAGCACCCCCUGCAUGUCCCACCUGGUCCCUGGCCACCGCCUGUGGGCCAGCAAGAGUGGCCACCACAUCCUGGGCCUGACUGAGGACUACGAUGCCCUGUGCAAGCAGAUUGGCCAGGGCCAGAAGCUCCUUGCCGAGAUGGACAUUCAAAUCCAAGAGGCUCCCAGCCCCACGAGUCAAGAGCUGGGAACAAAGGGUCCACACUCAGCGCCCCUGAGCAGGUUUGUCACCAGCGUGAGCACAGCCAAGCUGAUCCUGGAUGAGGCCUCGAGGUUACUGACACUUCUCUGGAGGGUCUCACUCCCCACAAAUGGCCAGUGCACGCUUCACUGUGAACAGACUGGAGAAAUGAAGGCAGAGAUCAGCAAACUACACGAAAAAUUGUUUGAACAAGAAAAGAAGUUGCAAAACACUGUGAAGCUUUUGCAGUUGAGCAAGCACCAGGAGAAAGUCAUCUUUGAUCAACUGGUCGUCACUCACAAAAUCCUUCGGAAGGCCAGAGGAAACCUGGAGCUUAGGCCCGGGGGCAUCCACCCAGGAACGUCCAGUCCCAGCCGACCAGGCUCCUGAGGAGAACUUCCAGCCAAUAAAGCUUGUGGUUCCCAACUGA